AUGGAACCCUCCAUCAACAAACUAAAUAAACGUAAGAUGGGGCUGCUGCAGAGCAAUGAGUUAUAUCAGUAUAUACUGGACACUAGCGUGUACCCGCGAGAGCCAGAGCCUCUCAAGGAGCUGAGGAAUGCUACUGCAAGCCACCCAAUGGCCUUUAUUGCUACUGCACCUGAUGCAGGUCAGUUUAUGGCAUUGGUCUUGAAGCUAGUGAAUGCAAAAAAGACGAUCGAAAUUGGAGUUUUCACUGGCUACUCUCUCCUCCUCACUGCCCUUUCAAUCCCUGAUGAUGGCAAGAUUACGGCCAUAGAUGUGGACCGACAGGCAUAUGAGUUAGGAUUGCCAAUGAUAAGAAAUGCUGGCAUGGAACAAAAAAUCGACUUCAUCGAGUCCCAAGCUCUGCCAAUUCUUGACAAACUCUUGCAAGAUGAAGAGAAUAAAGGGAGUUUCGACUUUGCCUAUGUCGAUGCCGAUCGGCCCAACUUCAUAAACUACCAUGAGAGGCUGAUGAAACUGGUGAAGGUUGGAGGGGUAGUGAUCUAUGACAACACACUGUGGGGAGGAACAGUUGCUUUGGGUGAUCCAUCUUCAGUACCAGAGGGCAGGAGACCUGGCUGGCAGCAUGUCAUUGACUUAAACAAAGCCCUGGCAGCUGAUCCUCGCAUUGAAAUAUCCCAGGCUCCUCUUGGUGAUGGUGUCACAAUUUGCAGGCGCAUCCACUGA